CCCCCGUCGUCCUCGCCCCUCCUGCAGCCGCCUUCCCCCUACUCGCCGGCGGCCGUGGCCAGCUUGGCGGCGGUGGUGGGCUUCCUCAUCGUCUUCACCAUCGUGGGCAACGUGCUGGUGGUCAUAGCCGUGCUCACCAGCCGGGCACUGAGAGCCCCCCAGAACCUCUUCCUGGUGUCCCUGGCCAGCGCAGACAUCCUGGUGGCUACUCUGGUCAUGCCUUUCUCCUUAGCCAACGAGCUCAUGAAUUACUGGUACUUCGGCAAGGCUUGGUGUAACAUUUACCUGGCGCUGGAUGUGCUCUUCUGCACCUCCUCCAUCGUCCACCUGUGCGCCAUCAGCCUCGACAGGUAUUGGUCUGUCACGCAGGCGGUGGAGUACAACCUCAAACGGACCCCCCGGCGGAUCAAGGCCAUCAUCCUCACUGUCUGGCUCAUUUCAGCCGUCAUCUCCUUCCCGCCGUUGAUCUCCAUGUACCGGGAGCCUGAGGGAGGUGUCUUUCCCCAGUGCAAGCUCAACGACGAGACGUGGUACAUCCUUUCUUCUUGCAUUGGCUCUUUCUUUGCCCCCUGCCUCAUCAUGGUGUUGGUCUAUAUCCGCAUCUACCGCGUGGCCAAGCUGAGGACCAGGACCCUCUCUGAGAAGCGUACAAUGCCGGAGGGGUCCUCCCAGACUGAGAAUGGCUUGAGCCGGGCUGCUAGGGGCUGCACUUCCCUGAGGAUGCAGCUGGGAGAGAACGGACAUUAUUCAGUGCACCAGUGGCGCAAAGCCUCUGAGCUGGAGGACAUUGAGCUGGAGGAGAGCAGCACCUCAGAGAGCAGACGGAGGCGGAGUCGGGAGGAGCAUCCCCGCAAAAGCAGCAAGAGCCAGUCCUUCUCCUACUCAUAUUCCUCCAAGCACUCUAGUAGCCGUCUGUCCCGCUCUAGCAGCCGCUCCAUGCAGUUCUUCUCAUAUCGCCGUCGCCGGAAGCGCAGCAGCAUCUGCCGUAAGAAAGUCACCCAGGCCCGGGAGAAACGCUUCACUUUUGUGCUGGCUGUGGUGAUGGGGGUCUUUGUAGUUUGCUGGUUCCCUUUCUUCUUCAGUUACAGCCUCUAUGGCAUUUGCCGGGAGGCAUGUGAGAUCCCUGAGACUCUCUUCAAGUUCUUCUUCUGGAUUGGGUAUUGCAAUAGCUCCCUCAACCCAGUCAUCUACACCAUCUUCAACCAGGACUUUCGCAGGUCCUUUAAACACAUACUCUUCAAGAAGAAGAAGAAGAACUUCCGGCAUUGAGCUGGAGGGAUAGGGGGAAAGGAUUUGCCUUGAACAGAAGCGGAGUUAAAAGAAGGCAAAGGGCUCUGUGCUGAAAAACAAGGGAGAGAAGGGUUUGUGCUGAGACAGUAGGAAGUGGGCUCACCCCCUCAGAGAUGCUGAGUGGUGGUCUGGGGCAUGGGGACUGAAGGGUCGGGGAGGCUGAGGAUGUUCAUCCUGGUGUGGAAUGGUGACAGGAGCUGUGCUGCAGUCUGGAUGGGAAAACUGGGAAGGGGGCGAUUUCCUUUGAACCCUGAGGGAGAACGUGGGGAAUUCCUAGAGGAAGGUGGGGUAACACACUGAGUUUGGGAGGCAGUGACCUCGCAUGGGCUCUAGAAUUUUGUGGGAAACAAAGCAAAAACAUCAAGAGGAAAGGAUUAAGUGGUACUGGUGGUGGAAUAGCAGAUUUGGGUAUUUAUACAUGGAGCAGCUGGGGUCUCUGAUGGGCUUGUCCCAGUAAGAAAUUGGCUUUUACUGGUUACAUAGGGGAAAAAUGCUAGGUAUCAGGCACUAACAGUCUUUUGAGUUAUGAAAAGAUUUAAAUGUUUGCCAAAAAAAAAACCUAAGGAACAAUCCAAACUCUUUUCUAAAUAAACCUUUUUACUGUUAAAACCUUCUGAAUGGUGAUUUUACACAGGGCUUAAGUCAAACACGAAGCAGGGGGUUUUCUUUUUCUUUGAAGAAGUCUUGGUAUAUGGAGCUGGAUGGGAAAUGUUUUUCCCGUCUUCCCAGAAUUUUCCAUUUGUCAGUUGCACAAACCUGGGAAUUUUGAACUUUUUCAUGAAAAAAUAUGAAAAACAGCACAUGCACCCCAUGACCUCAUUGGUCCUUCCUCCUGCUGGAUUGCCAGGCAGCAAAUUCCUGCUCCAUCACUCAGAUCAGUGGCCUGAGCACUUCGCUAUCUUGGGGCAGGUAGCUUGCCUGGACGUAAGGGGGACCUUUCUUAAACCAACUUCCAUUCAAACCAAAUCAUUUUGGUGAACUGAACUAACAUUUUCUGAGGAAAAAAAUUCAAUUUUCCAACCAGCUCAACUUGUAUAUGCCCUGGGGAACUUUCUUCCCCCACUCCUUUUAGGUCUCCCCUCAGAAGGGCUCAUCUCAGGGGCUGGAUGGGUGCUGCUCUCAUUCUCAGACAGGCAGUUGGACAUAGUCUGCUAUGCAGAUGUUUAGAGGAAGAGCAAUCACCACACAACUAGAGUCUUUAAAUCCUUCAUAUUUACAAUCUUAGAGCAACUAAAUCCUUUAUAUUUAUUUUUUUAAUGAGAAACAUACAUUGCGGAUUGUCAGUGGCAUAUGUGAACAAAUCUCAAAUGAAAGUAGAGCUGUUCCCAACCUUUAAUAUUAAUGCUGCUUUCUUUCCUUUUCCCUGUUUGUAUUUCUAGUUUGUGACUUCAGAUUAUUUGGGGGCAGGGGGAAGGAGGCAAAAGAGUUUGUAUAAUUAUUAAAGCAAACUUUUUCCUGUAGAUUUAUAGCAUGUCAUAAACUGAUGAGUAGAAUGAGGGACAAGGUGGUGUCUGUACAUUCAUCACUGAAUGCAGACUGAGUGUAAGAUUCAGCUGAACAUUUACAUCCCCUCUCUAGCUGUACUGCUAUAAGGUGUGUGUUCUGUUUGCGGGCGAAAAUACUGCUCCAUUUUUAUUAUGCGUGUCACUCCUUCCAUAGGCAGUAGGAUUUGGCAUCUGCCUCAAAUUAACCUUUCCAUAGUAAAAAGCUCUUUGAAAUGCAACGAAAUUUAAUCUAAUGCAGCAGGCUUCUUGAAACAGCUAGAUUGAGUCUAUAUCUAUUAGACAUCUACUUCUUUACACUCUCUGUUCUGUCUGAAAGGUAUCUCUACUCUCUCUUCAGAUUUCUAUGGCAUAAGUAGAAACAACAGAGCAAUAACUUUGGUUGUUGCUUCUGUUUUUCAUUAUAAGCAUUCGGUUAACGCUGGAAAAGCAGGUUGUCAGUGAUUCAGAUUCUGGUGUUAAAACUUAACUGCAGGGCCAACUCAAGUGGGAGUUCUGCCUAAGUAAGGAUUAGAUAAUUGUACCAAAGGCAUUAGAAGUUUGCUUGAUUUCACUAAAGAAACAACUGUGAUAUUUUCGAAGUCUAAGUCCGUAAUUUACUGGAUCCUUUCACGAAAUAAGUCUUCGAGUCAUGAAAAGACUUGAGCUUUGUUUAAACAUUUGCACUUAAAGAAAGGAUGUUAAGACUUAUUUUCAAGGACAUCCCUUUGUAAAUAACAAAUGGUUGGAUACAAGUAUGUACCUGAAUAGCAUAGCCAAAUAUUGCAAAAAAAUAGAGACCGAAAAGAGGAAACUAUAAGCCAUUUUCUCUUUUGCAAAAUGGAGAAUUUGUUUUAAAAUUACAUCAAGAAGAGCUGAGACAAGCUCAGAUUGUUUGUAGGUAGCAACAUAGUGAAAAAGUUCAGAUUUGUUUGUCUGAAUAAACUCUAUGAUUGCUAGAGCAACCAAAGCAACGUAUGGUACAUAGCUACUACCUCUGAGCUACUGGACAGCUUCAUUAGAGAUACUCAUUCCUACCGAGAUAAAGAUCGGUUCUUGUCACUGAAUGCUCGUCUUAGAGUGGUUUCUCAGUCUGCAGACACACAGCAGUUUCAGUGUUGCACUGCUUUUGAAAUGAGAUUUGUUGCCUGUAAACAACAUCCUUCCCCUUUGUUUUUCCUCAUAAAAUUCAACGAAUCUAUGGAAAUGAAAUGUAAUUGACAGUUGGAUUUUAGUGGAAGUGAAGUAUUUACGGAGUGGCCAAUGUGCCUUAAAAGUAAUUUGUUUGCUAUAAAAUCAUUCUGUAAUCAUUAUAAAAGAAAUAAUGCUUCUAUUCUUCUUCUUUUUUUUUUUUGCAUUUCAAAAUGUCUAUAAAGAAUUGAUGCAGAUACUGAAUAUCUAUGCGCAGCAGCAUACUUAAAAAUGGGGCAUUUUCUAUCAUUUUAAUUUAUUUCUCAUCACAAUUACUCAUCUGAUUCAAUGCAUCAAGAGGAUCUUAUUUCUUCUGAGUUCAGUAAAAAGUAAUAUUCACUGUAACUGAUUCAAAGAUGUGCAGUAGAAACUCCUUUUAAGUGCAUUUCCCUCUGAAUUAUUGAGUAUAGAGGAUUUCUAUAAAAAUUGUUUUUAGUGUAACUACUGAAUAUGCUUCAAGGAAGUAAAAUGGGGCUGAUUUUCUUUCUUUUUUUUUUUAAUGUCGGUGUUCUAUUAUUACUUGUAAUAGCUGAAGACUGGAAUCUGUUUGUAACAUACUGUGUGUUGUCAACAUUUCAUAAAAAGUUACCAGCUCUGCGACUCACGCUGUGGUUGUGCUUCCACUGUAAGUUUGCUGAUAGCAUAUACAGGAAAAAAUAAUCAAUGAAGCUUU